ACUAAGGAGCCGCGCAGGAGCGCGGAGAGGCUCUCGAGAUAUACACUCGUGGACGCGACAGGACAACGACGGCCACUUUAACAUAUAAAAAAAAAUAAAAUAAAUAAAACACGUAUACAACCAGAAUAAAUAUUUAAAAAAAAAAAACAAUUUAAAUAAUAAUAAUCAUAAUAAUUAAAACCAGAAAAAAGGGUUGUAUUUUAAACAUAAACAAUAGGAUAAAUUUGGUAAUAAUAUUUUUAUUUUGGCUAUAGUUGUCCUGCAGUUAUUUUGUUCGGACAUUUGCGAUUUAUUUGUUUUUUAAAACUGCCAUUUUGUGAAGGUGUUUAUGGUUAAUUUGAUUGGGUGAUUUAUUUGAUGAAUUUAGAUUUUAAUUUUAUUUAUUUUCGUUAUUUUUAAGCUAGACUUUCAUUUGCUAGAAAUAUUAUGUGUUUUGUCAUCAAUGAUUUUAAUAGUUACUUUAUUUUUUAAAUAUAAGUGAAUGACAAUUUAUUGUGAAUUGUUGUAAAUAACUGAAAUUGUAACUUUUAAUUUCUACGUAAAAAUUUGUGUUUUUUUUUUUUUCCUUUUUUCAACCGAGGAUAAUUCAUCACAAAGAAUUUAUCUUGUUGAUAGUAAUAUUAAAUUAAUAUAUUAUCAAAGUGGUGUGUGAUUAGCAAUGUGGCCAAAUAGUCUUGGAGGUGGUGGUGGUUGUGGAGGUGGUGGUUCAGGUGGUACUGAUCUUGGUGGUCUUGCUGCAGCAUCAUCAACAUCAGCAAGUGAAUUAUUUGGUCCAUCUGGUUUUGGUGGAGGUGGUGGUAAUCCAUAUGGUGCAUUAAAAUCAUCACCAUAUGUUGGUGCACUUGGUAUGCCACCAAUUGAAGCACUUCAUGGAUCAAUUGGUUAUCCUGGAUGUAGUGCAACUGGUGAAUCUUACUACUGCAAUCCGAGAAAACAACGACGAGAACGUACGACAUUUAGUAGAGCACAACUUGAUGUACUUGAAGGGCUUUUUUCAAAAACAAGAUAUCCAGAUAUAUUCAUGCGUGAAGAAGUUGCAAUGAAAAUAAGUCUACCUGAAUCACGUGUUCAGGUGUGGUUCAAAAAUCGCCGAGCAAAAUGUCGACAACAGCAGAAACAGCAGCAACAACAAGAGAAGGCGCCGAGGUCGAAGAAGCCAUCGGGAAAUCCGGUCAACAAUUCACCCGCCGGCAAAAGCCCUUCGAUAGCCACAACUCCAACACCCGCUGCGUCCGUCCCAGCAACAACACCACUAAGUGGUGGUACCGGAAGUUCUGCUGCAAGUUCACCAGCACUUUUACGAGAUUCACCUCAAUAUAAACCAACUGGUGGCGCCCCUGGACUACUAUUUGCUGCAAGCACGACACCACCGAGUGUAAGUUAUCAACAAAAUUCACACUUUGACCUUCAGCCUCUACAAAAUCAUCGAAGAGCCCUGCUUUAUCGAUCGCAGUUGGGUGGAACAGUGUACAGUAGUGGUGGUAGUAGCAGUAGUAUUUGGAGUCCAGCAACAACGGAAAAUGGUGGUACAUUCCCUGGAGAUCAUCAGAGACUUGCAUGGACAACAAGUGCCUCACAACAACAGUGUUAUCAAAAUUAUUCAUCCUAUUAUUCAAACAUGGAUUACCUUUCACCAGCACCACAUCAACUUAACGUGGUAGAUUCUGGUGCUGGAAGUCUUGACAAUACGUGGAGUAAAACGAGGGAUGAAAAUGCCUCUUCAUGGUUUUACAACAGUGCUGGAUGGGGUGAAAGAAAAUGAACACUUUUAUUUCAAUAAAAAAUAAAAUAAAAAUUAAUUUAUACAUAUAUAAAUAAUAAUUAUAUCCAAGUGGAUAUUUAACAAAAAUUAAAAUUCAUAAAUGAUAAUUGUUUAUAAGACGAUUGUCGUACAUAUCAGGCGGCUAGUCAGUGAUUUUGUUUUUUUUUUUCUUUCUUUUUAUUAUUUGUAAAGCAAAAUUCUGUGAGUGCUGUAUAAAAUUCACAUCAAACAUAAAGGCUUUGAUGAUUAUUAAAUGACAUUUUGUGUCAUUUUUAUAAUUAAUAAUUAAUUUAAAAAUAUUAAAAUGAUUUAUUAAGUGUAAUUGCGUUUAAGAGACAUAAGUGUGACUGGGUUGAUAAAUUUUUAUCAUAUUUAUGAAAGUUGUAGCGAGCGAAAAAUAAAUAUAAAUUAUCAAUGGAUUAUUUUUUUGUUUUUAUAACAGAAAUAUGAAAUAAUUUUAAUGGUUAGCCGAUCACUGAUUGCCAGUACAUAUCACUGAAAAAAAAAAAAAAUUCCAUUUGAUCGUUAAAAUUAUUUAAAAAAACGAAAUUGUAAUCUGUUUAUUAUUAUUGUUAAUAUUAUUUUUGUACAGUGGCAAAUAAAAAAAAAUAAAUUAAAACAUUCUUAUUGAUAAAUUUAAAACAUAUCGAUGAUAAAUAAAAUUUGAAAAAAAAUAUAAGAUUUUAUUAAAUCAUUAUAAUUUAAUUUUUCGAUUGAAUGAAUAAAAGUUAUAAAUUUUCAAUGAAAAAAAAAACACGAAACAAUUUUUGUAAAUUUUAUAUGGUCAGUGUAAACAGUGCCAAUAUCCACGCGUGAAAAUAUUUUAACUAUAUAAAAUUGUAAUAUCUAUAUCCGGCCAUUAGUGUCGAUCGAUAAAUUUCUGAUUUUUAAAUGAAAAAAUGAAAAUCUAAAUAAAAAAAUUAAUGAUAUAAUAUGAAAAAUUUGAAAUUAAAUUAAAUAUAAAUAAUUAAAAAAUAUAUAAUUAGUGUACAUAAUAUAAAUAAACUCUGUAAUGAGUAAGUUAAUAAUAGAUAGUUGUAAUAUUUACAAAAAAGUAUCAAUAAAUUGAUUCUGAAAGUAAAUAAAAUAAAUCUAAAAAUUCGUAAUAUGAUUUUUAUGUUAAUGGAAUUUAAAAGAAAAAAAAAUAAUAAAUAAUUGGAAUUGUGCAAAACUGAGUUGACUAUUAAUUCAUGUGAUCAUUAUGUUUCACGUAUAAAAUCGAUUGCAGUGAAUUAUUUCUUGUAUAACUAAGAAUAUCCAUGAGCCAAUGAAUAUUCAAUGGAAAUAUGGAAUAUUAAAAAAAAAAAAACGGAGAAAAGAGUUGCUCUAAAAUGCUGUAAAAUUUAUUUAGUAAAUUUCACAUUGUUUUAGUUGA